AUGGAGAACAUCAAUGUUCAGGGGCUAUCCAGUCGAGAGGGUGCAAGACAGGAACAACAACAACAACAACAGCAGCAACAGUCUGACUUGAGUGGUGGAGUUGGCAGGACCGAUCUCCAGAACAACAUCAGCAGUAACAACACAACUGACGAUGAUGCGGACAAUAGUGACAGCAACAACAACAACAAGCAGGACCGUGGUGUUGGAUCGAGAGAGGAUCGCCAUGGGGAGGAUAGUGAUAACGAUCGCGAUGAUCCCGAUGCGGAUGUUGAUGUUGAUAUGAUUCCUCAAUACAACAACAUCGCCCUGCAGCAGCAGCAGCAGCGACCGUCGUCAGAGAUCUUUAACACGACUGCCAGGGACUCGGUACAAUUGCAUCCAUUGCAGUCACUUCCUCUUUUGCAUUUCCCGUUCUCGACUUCCUCGUCUGCUUCUACUUCGACCGACCUCCAUAACUAUCAGGCACCACGACAGCCACUCCACGAUACUAAGAACAACAGUACCAACAACAACGCGCACCACCAAUCGGAGUACCAACAGCAUCAGGACAAAGAUACCAACAACAACAACGGCCAUGCAUCAGUGUCUCUGUUGCACACUCCACAGGAGGCCGUCGUCGGACUAGACACUAGUACAACCCCGACAGGAACAACGCGUGAUGAACUCUCCGCCCCCUCCACAACACCAGGAUCACAAGCCGAUACCGUGGAGUCUGCCUCUUCCUUUCGAGAGCAAAAUGUAACAACGACGGGCAGUCGUCGCACACAGCAAUCCUCGAUCGAUCCUUCUCCGUCUUCUCUGAGUCGUUCAGAUUCUAAUCAGAGACACGAUAAUCGGUUCCACCCUCUCUACCCUGCCCAACAACAACCGUCGACCUCCGCCUCUGCUGGGAACAGUUCAUUGACCACCGCUAUGAUGGAGGAUCGACUCUCUCUUCAUCGCCUCUCUCCUCCCGACGACUUGGAUGGGUACAGCAGUAGCAACAACAACAAUGGGCGAUCGCGCUAUUCUAUCACAUCGGACAAGUCCCUUUACGAGAGCCUCCCUCCUCUUCAACAACGCCAUCAUCAUCGUUCAGCUGCAGUAGAAGGCUCUUCGAGUGAUCGGUCUCGUGUGUCAACCUCAGAGUCAACCUCCCAGCACCCUCCCCCACUGCAGAGGGUCCUCAGCAUUGCCUCCAAGGACGACAACCACAACGGAAACCACAACACGCCUUCUUCAACUCAGACAAUGAAACAUCCCAAGAAAUGGACCUCAACCGAGAGUGUGUACAACCGCAAGGUCCUCUCAGCUCGUGGCACACCCAAGGGUCCUCUCCCGAUGGACGUUCAGAUCAGUCUCCUUUCGAGCGUCCUCCGUCACGACCCUUUCAACUGCCCCAUCCGUCGUACAACCCAAGUCUGGGAAUGCAUCUCACGCGAGCAAGGCGUCAGGGCGCGGACGUGCGCACGGCGGUACGAUAACAUCAUCCAGGCCAGCAUCGCAGGACGAGAAAGACCCGUCGGGACAGAGGAGCAGAUUGCGAUCAAGAAGAAGCUGCUGGACCAGCUCUUUGUCAUGAUGAACCAACCCCAAGCUCUGGUCAGGAUGCAGAAGAAGAAACGGUAUCGGUCUGAGGAGGCUGAUCGACAGCUGUUACUGGAGACGAUUCGGCUGAACCCGUUUGCGCAAAAGAUGGGGCAGGUCGCCAAGGCUUGGGAGGAUGUGCGGGAUGCGCUCAAGAUGCAGGUUCAUGCACGGCAAUGUAUCCGGAGGGUGAAUCGGAUGAUCAAGCCAUACCAGUUGCGGGAGCGGAUGUAUCAUGGGAGUAUUCCGGAUGACAUGAAGGAGGAGAAUGAUGAGCUUAUUAAGCAGGUUAUUCAGAUGAUGCAGGCUUCCGGGCAGGGUGGGUCGUUGGAAGAUGGCGAGGACGAUGAUGACGAUUCGGCCUCAGACUCGGACGACCAGGAGGAGACCCACCGGAGUCGGUCACGGCAGAGCAGUGAUGGUAGUCGUGGCAAGGGACUAGGAAACGGUGAUGACGAUGUUGACGAGAGUAUGAGAGAGCGGAGGCACCAUGAUGCUCUCAAGUCAUCGACAGCGAUGGAUGUUUCUGUCUCUCCCCGAUCGCCAGCCCUGUCACUCGUCCAGUCCCCGCAGACCGUCGCCACCACUCCGACAGCAUCCGAACUCGAAGCCACAACGUCCGCGCAGAAGAGACGACCCCGUAAUUCCAGCCAGUCAUCAAUGAGCAACGUUAGAUACACCACUAGCAACAAGAGGAGUACUGUUGACCGGUCCUUGGACGAGAUGGACAUGACACCCCCAACAAGCCUCCGCCAUCAUCCAUUCGAGUCCGAGUUUAAGCCUCAGCGUCUUUGGGGGUCUCAUCCUUACUCCAAAGAGCGGUACUCUCGCAUAGUCCACGGGACACAUCCCCAGCGGCCGUCGUCUCGCUCGAGCUCUUCUUUGCAGAGUGAUCCUCACCGCCCAGCCAAAUAUACUCGAUCCAGUAGCAGAGACCCCUUGCGCGACACGGCCGAGGAUUCUCAGGAUCGAUCGAUGGUUCUCCAGAGUUCGUCUUCUUCCUCUGCUUUCCGUACGCCUACUUCUGAAUCAGACUCCCGACAGCAGUACCAUUACGACCACCAACACAACAUCUACAGCCAAUCCAAUCUCCACCACUCCCACUCCCACUCUUCCUCAGGACACCAACUCAUGGACGGACAAGUUUCAAUAUCAUCCGCUCAACAAGACCAGCAACAACAACCUGCUACACAGUUAUACCGCGCGAUUUUGGGAGAGUUCCAGGUCGUCCAGCGGUACCUGGGACAGGUGGAGGACGAACGGAAGCGGGAUAAGGAGCGUCAGACAGAGAUGGGGUUCAUGAUGGAUAAGUUGCAGUUCCAACUGCAGCAGCAGCAGCAGUCGAUUGAAGAUCUGAAGCAUCAAUUGCAGCAUCAGAACCAACAGUCUCAUCCCCAGCAGCAGCAGCUUCAGCUUCAGGGACAGCAACAACAGGAAGAUCAUCGUCGGACUUCGCAGCAGUUUGAUCACAGUCGUCGUAGCCAUGUAGGGGAUUCGCCAUUGUUCUCGACGUUGUCGAUGAAUGUGUCGGAUCAGCAGCAGGCCAAGUCUUUGGAAGACCAACAACAACAAGAGUAG